AUAGCCUAUGUGAAUGCUUAAUAGUAAUAAAUAUAAUAAAUAUUUCCCGCAACUUGUUUAAUAAUAGACCUAAUAGUAUUUAACAAAUACAUUUCUCCAUUGCAUAACGUGAAAUUGGAAUAGAGGAAUUUGACCGCCUCUCUCCCCACGACCACGUGACAAUCGUGUGUAACUCUCAUGUCCCUGUUUCGGUUGCUAGGGGAGAGAGACGGUCCAUGGCAACGCUUUACGCAAACUCCACGCCGAGAGAGCGAGAGAGAGAGAGAAACGCGAGACGGCUUUGAACGCACAACGUUGGAAAGAAACACAGACAUCGGGUCGGGCGCUUCUGGAAACUUUAAACUGACAUCUCAGAGGAUUUUUGGCUGAUUUAGGACCACGCACACCCGGAGUUACAGUUUGGUAUCAUCAGUUCGGUUCACAUUGCCGCCGGCCAGGUCAAAGCGAGUGUACGAGACCGGGAUCCACAGACCGGGCGGCCGGGACAAGAGCUGUGUGUGUCGGCAGAGAGACGCUCAGCAGCAGCGUUCACACAAUCAAAACUGACAGACUGAAACGCUUUGUGAAAGUUUGUGACUGGGAUAAUGGCUCCUUGCUGGUAUCACUGCCGUGUUUGCUGACGUUGGACCUUGUUCUCGGACUGAGGGGAAGCCGCCUGUAGUCAGAGCACCAUGUGUCGCUGUGCUGGCUCUGUCACUGCCGGGUCAAUCCUUCUGAGUGAAACUGACACGGGGAGGGGGGGCCAGCCCCACAGACCGCCUCACCCUCUUACCCCGUCCUGAAACACACUCUCACGACACACACAGACAAGUGCCGGGCUAGCCGGCCGAGGGUAUGGGCAACUCGUCCCGAAAAGAGGCCCAGGACGAAGGAGGAGAGGAAAAGGAGAAGAAGGUUAAAGAGAAGGGAGAUGGAGGAGAGGAGGAGGAGGAAGCGGGCGAAAAAGAAGAAGAAGAAGAAGAAGAGGAGGAGGUCGUAGAGGAUGAGGAGCUGCCGCUCGGAGUCGACGAGCUCUUGGCGAGCGGAGAUCCAGUGUUGGACCUGAGCUACUACAAGUUCCGUCGCCUUCCUCGUCAAGUCCUGGAUCUGGAGUACCUGGAGAAGCUCUACGUCUGCGGGAACCGUCUUCGCGACGUCCCUAAGGGUAUCACGCGGCUGCAGGGUUUGCGUACCCUGGCGCUCGACUUCAAUAAGCUUGACGACGUUCCACUCUGCGUGUGCCAGUUGACUAAUCUCACGUGUCUUUACUUGGGAAGCAACCGGCUGAUGAGCCUCCCACCAGAAGUGAGGAACCUGCAGAACUUGCGUUGCCUCUGGGUGGAGAGCAACUACUUCCAGCGAUUCCCCAAGCAGCUGUACGACCUUCCCAAUUUGCGCUCACUGCAGAUUGGGGACAACCGCCUGCGCACCCUGCCUUCGGACCUAUGGCGCAUGGAGUCCCUGAGAGGACUCUGGCUGUACGGAAACCGCUUUCAGGAGUUUCCGCGAGUGCUCCUCAAGAUGGAGCACCUGGAGAUUCUGGACAUGGACCGCAAUCGGAUAUCAGAGUUCCCAAAUCUGCAUCAUCUUCCUGCGCUACGACUUUUCUCCUACGACCACAACCCGGUGAAGGAGCCGCCACGUGUAGGGGAGGAGGUGCUUAUUGUCGGGGAAGGGGCUGAGGAGGUGUUGCAGGCUCGAGAGAGAAGGAGAGAGGCGAAAGAGCGAGCGGAGAAGGAAGCAGAGGAGGCGGCGGCCGCCGCGGCAGCGGCUGCUAAUCCAGUCAUUCACGGAAUACUCAAGAAACUCAGAAUGAACUCCGCCCUUAACCUGGCAGCUGCUAAGGAGAAAGAAACCAAUGAGUCGGUUCCAUCGACCGGGGACGAGAACGGACAAAAUAACGACGAAGGGGCGGAGUCUGAGAGACAAGGUGUGGCAUUCGAGGAGGCGGAGCUUGGUUAUGACGACGGCGGUCUGGAAUAUGAAAGGGAGGAGCUAAUCUGUGAGGGGGAGGGAUAUGAAGGCUACGGGGAGGCGGAGUUAGAGUAUGAGCGAGCGGAAAUGGACUAUGAAUAUGAAGGGGAGGAGCAAGAACAACCUUGAUGUUUGCACCUGUGUAAUUUCUGCAAACAAUCAUUUUAGCAGCCAAUUGUUUCAACCAACAGUCAUUACUUUUGCAAUUCUUCGGUGCAGACGAUACACACUUCUGCUUUAAGCAUCUGAGGUGUUACUGCAAGGGUUGCAGGUUCAAUCCCAGGGAUGAACUGGAGAGUAACAAUGAGUUGGUUUGUUGGAACCCAGAAAAUAGCACUUAAGUAACCCCAGGAUACUUUAUAAGGCAAUUAAAGCGACUGCAAGUCGCUCUAAUAAAAUGCAUCCGUUAACAUUAAAUUAUGUUGAAAAUUUGAAUGAAAAGUCGAGUUUUAAAAGAAUACUGUACCCAAAAAUGACAAUUCUGCUAUCAUUUGCUCACUUUUUAUGUUGCACUUUUUCUUGUUUCAAGCAAUGAAAGUCAAUGGGGUCCAAAACUACAUUUUCAUUGACAACAUAAAAUAUUUUCAUUUACACUCUGCAUAAAGGAAUACAGGUUUGUAAUGACUUUAGAGUGAGUAAAUGAUGGCACAAAAAACAUGAAAAUCACACAGCUGAAGUUCUAAAAUAGUAUCACUUGCAACCCUAUGAAUUACCUUUUGCAAAAACGUUUUUCACACAUGUACAAGUGAGUGUUGCUAUUAUUAGAAGCCUUUUAUUGUUGGCCAGACCAUUACUGCAAUCCUCAAACACAGGACUCUCUUCCACAAUUACCGGGUUUAAUGAUUUUAAGACAUUUGUCGUUUGUAAAAAUCAACUGUGAAGACCUGUGAAACUGCACAACUUUUUCAUGCAUCAAAACUACAUUACUGUGUGCUGUGUAUUUCUAAUUAAGAGCAGGGCUCAGGCAUUUUUGUUUGUGAGUGUGUGUAAGUGUGUCUGGAACUCUACCCUGACACGAGUGUACUGUUUAUAAGAAACUUGAUGCUGCAAUUGCAGCGAUGUGUGUUGGUGAAACCAAAUAUUCUCUUAUUAAAUAACCAAUGAGUUUGCCAAACAUGUUUCAAUGAUUCAUGUCUUGUCGGACUCUGAGAAGAUCUGAUACCAGCCCUGAAUACGAC